CUUUUCCUUCUGUUUUUAGAAUUCGCUCUUUUAAAAUACCGUUUGACACGUUGAAUAUUUUAAAUAUAUCUUUUGAGACCCGCCCUCCUGACGUAUUUCGCCAUUUUGUACAGGUAUAAUCCUAGGUAUUGUGACUAGAGAACCGUAACCGGUUAGGUGUUAGAACAGGGCGCUGUCUCGACCACUGUUGUAGCGUAAGGAGUUUUGUGGACAUGGGGCGCGGACAGCUUUGUCUCCUGUUCCUGGUGCUGUGUAUGAUUCUGAUCUCUUUGGGACUUACACUGACCAGCAUCGUAACAGACUAUUGGUAUACAGUUAAAAGUGAUAACUCCAACGUUACCGUGGCGAACACUUUUUCGUAUAGUUUUGGAAUGUGGCGAAAAUGUUACUCCAAGGAAGUACCCACGGACGUUCCUUAUGAAAGACGGGUAAACAAAUGCGCCUAUACAUACCAAGAUUUGAUUCCAAGGGUGAUGCCCAACAAAACGGAGGAUGAGCGCUAUCUUCACAUGGAGCGUGCUUGGGUCGGUUGUGCGAUAGCCUCAGCUGGAGUCCAGAUUUUCGCCAUUCUGACAAUGAUAUGUGGCCUGUGGCCGGCGGAUUGUGCUAAUGCUAAACGAUCAACCCUUUACCUUGUGGCAUCAAUUCUGUGUCUUUUAGCAGGUAUGUGUGGCAUAGCCAGCGGUAUCUGUUUCAUCGCCUUGCGCGAUAUGGAUUCCACGUCACGUAACAUAUACCCCAACGGGGCUAUAGUACAGUACGACUUCUCCUUCAUGCUGGAAUGGGCAGCCAACACCGUGUGUAUUCUGGAAGGAUUCGUGUUUUUAUGUCUUCUCAAGAUGGACUAUAAUGACAUUACCGAAACUGGCAAAUACAACUCUUUCAUGUGAUCAUAACUGACGAGAAGUAGUCACUUUAUAAAUGGACAGUUUUGUGAUAGGUCAAGUGGCUAAAAAGUCCUGGAAAUUGACAUACAAGCAAUAACAUUAAUAUUGAAAGGCUAUUCCAUAACAUUUUUGGACCGAAUAAUGUUUUUUUGUGUGAAGAGUGGUUACAUGUAUGUGUGUUUAAUACUCAUUAAUCUGGUCAAAGUAGAAUUUUGAUAUGGAAUCACUAAUCGUGUAAUAUUUUAUGCAUAUAUUUUUGAAAUUAUAAUAAUUUUUUAACGGUCUUAAUUGCAAUAUUCAUUUCAACUACAAUUUUUCAUGUUGAAUUGAUUUCUUAUCUAUAUAAUUUUGCUAUGCAUAUGACGAAGUUAUACAAAUAUUCAAUAAAUUUUUCAAUUUUGCAAA